AUGAAUAAUGUGCGCCACUCUGCCGUAGCCGCCGUCUGCUUGCCAGUUCUAGUGAUCUUCUUAUGGGUUCCAGUGCACGAGACUUACAGUAUUCCUCAACAACAGUCGACAGCGCUGUUAGGUAGCAGCUUGCUGAUAAGGCCCAUCGAGGCCGGAAGUGACAAUGCUGGCCCAAAACUCACCCCUCGGAAGCUUCCGACACAGCGGCCGCAGCUUUUCAUCCCCGAGCAGCCACCGGUGGCCGUGGAUAGCCCCGAUUCCGGUGGCGUUGCCGAUCAUGAUGAGAUCGAUCGAAGCUACCGGAAGGUGAAGAAAAUCAUCAAACAUCGCAGGCAUCCUGUACCGCGACGGGUUAAACCAGGCUCGCCAGGUUGGUCCCACCGGAAGCGACGGUUCAAUCCGCACCUCUACACACCGUUUACCAAAUGGGGGCCGUGCGAUUACUAUUGCCACCAGAAGCGGGAACGCUACUGCAUCGCGAAGCGAAAAUGUGGCAAUCACAUCCAGACGGAGGAGCGAAUCUGCCCGAAGAACAUUUGCGUACCGCUGCACAUUCCACCCAUUCCGACCGUACACAUAGAGGAUAUCAAAGAGGAGCACCAUUCGCCGGCUCAUCCGCUGAAUCAGUUCACGAUCGUAAACUUCGACGGGCACGUGCAGAAGCAGCUGCAGCAGUACGGCAAGAAGAAGAAAAAGAUCAUCAUCCAGGAGGACGACGAGUGGGACGAUUCCGACAGCGACACUGACUACGUGAUACUGAAGAGUCCGUCCGCGAAAUAUCCUGCGUUCCAUCGCAAGGAAGAGCUGCUAUCGCAAAUGAUGAAGGGCAAACCGUUGCUGAUCAACCUGGACGAUUUCGACGACAAGCGGCUCCUGUCGCCGAGCUUUGGGCUCGCUCCACACUACGAUAAUGGGUACGAGACGGCUGCACACAAGUUUGUGAAGUAUCCACGUCAUCAGCAACAACAGCAUCAUCUGCCGCGAAGGCCUCCGUCCAAGCUGAGCGAUUACUUUGAGGAUUAUUACGAUCACCUGUACCGUGAUGGGACGGGAUUCGCGAACCGAAAGGGCGAAGAGGACCCGGAAAAUGGCGAACAGGAGGACUGGCGUCCGAUCAUUCCGAAUGUGAACGCCAGCAGGUAUAGCGGUGUCAUUCGUCAGACCACGGAAACGAUCGUACCGAAGGUGAUGAACGUUUCCUCCAGCACUCAGCGCUACCAGCGGCAGUUGUUGGAUUCGUUCUCGACUGCAACGACUGGUGCAACGGAAAGUCGGCAUUCGAAACGGGAGGUGUUGUAUCAGGAACCGAACAAAUCCAUCGAGGAUCCGUCGGGUAUGGUCCGAUCGGGACCGGCGCAGUAUCAAAAACGAGCACGUGAAAAGGCCGUCUUUGAGAUGCCCCGGAAGGUGGAGAAUCCGUACACCAAGUGGAGCAAAUGGACGAAAUGUACGGCCAAGUGCACGACGAGACGAUUGAAACGCUGUCGGAUCCCUUCCUUUUGCGGGAACGAUGUGAUUCGUGAGAUCGCCUACUGCUACACCGAGGGCAGCUUUUGUGAGGAGUGGAUCGGUAACCAGCUGUACCAGAACAGCCGCAACAUCGUUAUUCCGCUGAUGCCUCCUAGCACGACGACAACCACCACGACUACGACCACGACGACGACGACAACGCCCAGACCCACCAGACCGAGAAAACCACAUCCGAACGUCUGGAAUCGGAGUGAUUCGGUGUCAAUUCCUAACACCAUCUCCGCCCAGAUCUUCUCCAACCGGCGGGGCAUUCUGCAGCCGGAGUAUAUGCCGCAGCAGCUGACCUGCGGUUUGCCGAUGGUGCGAGACAAGCCAAAGAAGAACUAUCUCAACAAUAUGCUGCGCAUCAUCGGGGGAAAGACGAGCCGCCGGGGACAGUGGCCUUGGCAGGUGGCAAUCUUGAACCGUUUUAAGGAGGCGUUUUGUGGUGGAACGUUGGUGUCCUCGCGCUGGAUCCUGACUGCAGCGCAUUGCGUACGGAAGCGUUUGUUUGUGCGACUCGGUGAGCAUAAUCUUCAUCAAGCGGAUGGUACGGAGAUCGAGUUCCGGGUCGAGCUGAGCAUUAAGCAUCCGCGGUAUGACAAGAAAACGGUCGACAACGACGUGGCGCUGCUAAAACUUCCGCGAGAAGUGGAACGGUCAAACUUUAUCGGGUAUUCGUGCCUUCCGGAGCGGUACCAAGCGCUUCCAACCGGACACACGUGUACCAUCAUCGGUUGGGGCAAGAAGCGCCAUAACGAUGACGCCGGAACGGACAUUUUGCAUGAAGCGGAAGUACCGAUCGUACCGAACGAACGGUGUCGAGCCGUGUACCAUGAUUACACUAUCACGAAGAAUAUGUUCUGUGCCGGGCACAAGCGCGGGCGGAUCGAUACGUGUGCGGGCGAUUCUGGGGGUCCGUUGCUGUGCCGUGACGCAACCAAGUUGAACAGUCCCUGGACCAUCUACGGUAUUACGAGCUUCGGGGAUGGGUGUGGGAAGCAGAACAAGUUUGGAAUCUACACCAAGGUGCCCAACUACGUCGACUGGAUCUGGUCCGUGAUCAACUGCGACGGAAACUGUCGAACGUGAGCAAUGAACACAAAGCGAAAAAAACAUCCCUCCCAAUCUAGGGGUGCCGGAGGAAGUGGAAAAGGAAAGUUAAAGAUUCUCCGAAAUAUUAACUUAUUAGCACCGCAAUGUGCCGGAACGGGGUGGCGGUGGCACCCGGCAGGAAAGUUUGUCGGAACGUUCCUUCACCAAGGACCGGUACGCGACGAACAAGGAUCUUUGAUAAUUAUUUAUUUGCGAAUAAGCCCGAUUACUGUGUAUAGUUUAUUUACUGUCUAAAGAAAUAAAGUGAUAAUUACAGG